AUGUCCUCAACCACCACCACCACUACAUCCACAACAACAACAACCCUAACAGGAACAACCACCCACCCCCGCGUCCUCUCCGUCUCCAAAUCCCCCACCCACACCAUCUCCAAAACCCCCGUACCCUCCAUAACCCUCCUCCCCAACCACGGCGUCAGCGGCGACUGCCACGCAGGCAAAACCACCCAGCACACCACCAGCAGCGCUACAUCCAGCAACCUCCGGCAAAUCCACCUCCUCCCCAUCGAAUCCCUCCGUCACAUCUCCUCCACCCCCUCCUUCAAGGGAACCAAGCCCCUCACUCCGGGUGGGAUCGGCGAAAACGUGACGACGGAGGGCAUCGAGUUGGGGAAUCUACCUCCCGGUACGGAGAUACACUUUGGGAAUCAGGACGGGAGUGAGAAUGGGGCAGUGGUGGUAAUUACGAGUGUGAGAGAGCCCGGACCGGGAUUGGAUCGAGUGAGGCCUGGUUUGAGGGAGGCGUUUCGGGGGGUGAGGAAGGGCUGGUGGGGGGUUUUGGGGGUUGUGGUGAAAGGGGGGGAGGUUAGGGGGGGCAUGGGUGUUAGGGUUGUGGUGAAGUAG